ACACACAAAACAUUUAAGCAAAACAAUUGCAAAAUUCCCUUUGGCUAAGGAUUUGCGGCGGUCAUACACGGCUUUUAGCUUGGCUGGCAGCCACAAAAUUCAACGAAAUUCCAUUUUGGCAACCCGAGAACAAAAAUCAAUCAACAACGCGCACAACGCGUACAACAUUUCAACAAUCAAGAAUCAUUUACAUUAGUCGCUCUGGCGCCGUUCGAACCGUAUUUAUCCUGAAAAUUCAGCAGCAACAAAAAGGAUACGCCGGAUAGGAAUACGGCCCCGGCCGAUAUAGAUCUUAACACAACGGAGGUACAACUGCCGUCAACAUGGAUCCGCAGCAGCAGUUCUGCCUCAAAUGGAACAGUUAUUCCUCCAAUUUGGCAAUAACGUUCUCAAAUCUCUUCAAAUCGGAUCUACUGGCCGAUGUUACACUAUCCUGCGAUGGCGCAGUAUUCAAAGCACACAAACUUAUAUUGGCGGCCUGCUCAAAGAAGUUCGCCGAUUUGUUUGAGAACACGCCCACCAAUGGUCAGUGCGUCAUCAUACUGGAGGCCACAACGCCCGAUAAUAUGGCCGCUCUCCUGGAGUUCAUGUACAAGGGCGAGGUGCAUGUGUCCCAAGAGGCACUCAACAGUUUCCUCAAGUCUGCCGAGAGCCUGCAGGUCAAGGGACUGUCCACAGAGACCGGUCGUCUGGCCGCACAGCAGGCUCAACAGCAACACAUGGGCGACAGCUCGCCGCUAGAUUCGCCCACAGGGCGACGUAGUAUGCGCAACAGCCUCAGUGGUAGCAGCAUUAUGCCGGGCGGAGGAGCAGGCAUCGGGCUGGGAAGUGGUUCCGGGGUAAACUCCAUUCCCGGGAGCCUCGGCAAUGGUAACGGUCUGAGUCUGGCAGGUGCCCUUAGUGGCAUGGCCGCCGGUGGAAUGGCAGCUGCCGCCAGUGUGGCGGCCAGCGGAUUGAGUGCCUUGGCGGCCAGUGCGAAUGCACUGGAUCGCUGUGGCAGUGCCGGUGGCAACAUUAUCGGGGGCACAGCAGCGGGCCAUGGACCGUUGAGUGCUGGAUCCGGAGCUGGCGGAGCCGGUGGCAAUGGAGUGGGUGGCAACAAUGGACCCAUUAGCCUGGGCAGCGGUGCUGGCGCCGCUCUACAUCUGGGCGGGUCGACUGGCAGCUUGAAGCAGGAGUGCGACUCGAUGAUGCAUCCGGGCAGUAGCUCAUCCUCCACUAUGGGGUACACCCAUGUGCCGCCCAUGUACAGACCCAUCUCCUAUGAGCCGCUGCGCAAGCGUGCCCUCCGCAGUCCGUAUGCCGAGCAGGAGCUGCGUGGCUCUGUGCUGCGCGACGGCUCCAAGAACUCGUCCUCCGAGUGCCCAAGUCCCAUCAACAAGCCACCCUAUCAUCGUCCAUCGUCCAGUGCCUCAUCGACGGCACCCACCGAAGCGGAUACCAUGCACUCGGAAAGAGCCUCGCCACAGUCCAGUCGCUAUGAGAACCACAGUCCCAGCACCACAGCUGGCAACGGCAAUGCCAACAGUGGGCUGGAUCGCAUUGUCAAAUCAGAGCGUAACAAUGGUAGUGCCAAUGAGGCAAACGAUGAUGACCGCGAGCUCAUGGAUGAGUCAACAGAUAAUGGAGCCGAAGAUCUACGAGUGAAGCUGGAGAACUCAAAUUACUCCCCACCACCGCCGCCGAACUCUAACACUUCAUCGACAACCCCGAACGCACUGCUGGAGAACCUGAAGAAUGCGGAUGGAACGCUGUCUGGCAAUCUGGCCGCAUCGAUAGCGCCGGCCGACAUGUUGAACGUCUGGAAUGCCACCAAGAUGAAUAACAAGAACAGUGUGAACACAGCGGACGGCAAGAAGCUGAAGUGUCUGUACUGCGACCGCCUUUACGGGUACGAGACGAACCUGCGCGCCCACAUCCGUCAGCGUCAUCAGGGCAUUCGGGUACCCUGUCCGUUCUGCGAACGGACCUUCACCAGAAACAACACGGUGCGGCGGCACAUCGCCCGUGAGCACAAGCAGGAGAUCGGACUGGCGGCUGGGGCAACCAUUGCCCCUGCCCAUGUGGCAGCCGCGGCGGCUGCAGCGGCGGCCGCCAAUCAUUCACCAUAGGAAGCGGCCGCAACAGCAGCGGCAGCAGUAGUCAUGAGCGCCCAUAAGGAGGCGGCGAAGCAGCGUAAACGUAAAUCACUCAAGAUGGCACUCGAGAAGUGCAUGCAGCGGCGGGAUGCGAUGGCCGCAGUACCGGAGGCGGUAGGAGGGGGCAAGGAGGCGGCGGCUUCAGAGAUGGAGGCGCCAUCGCAGGCGUCGGGGGCACACACAAUACACACGAGCGGUUCAGCGGGCACUGAGCCGUUCAGCUACGAGCAGCAGCAACAGAAGAUGCACCACGAGCUGGCUCAGCAGAUCAAGGCGGCGAUGGCCGUCGAACAGGCCCAGCGGGCCGAGGCCGAGGCCGAAGCAGAGGCCAUGGACACCACGAUGAACACAACGGUUAAUACCACCCUCACAACCACAACCACCAACACCAGCCACACCACAACGGGCACCAGCGACGGUGGCAGCGGCAGCGAUGCCGAAGCCGAGGCCAGCGAUGGUAGCCUCGAGCGGAUGCGGACUCAGACGAACAUGGAGGUGGACAUGGAGUCCGUGCCAGAGCCACAGCCCGGCUCCGAGCUCGUCGUAGUGGAGCCGAAAAUAGAGCCCCUGUCGGACACUGAGGAUGAGGACGAACACGAUCAUCAUCUGCACAUGUCCGAGCCAGAGCCGGAGCCUGAGCCGGAGAUCUACAAUCGAAUGCCACACACGCCCACCAACCCCCCCCACACUAUACCGCCCAACGAUACGCCUACAUUGACCUCCACGCCCAAGGUCAAUGUAGAGCAGUAAGAAGGAGAGAAGCCCCCCAAAGAAGCUGCAUAGAUUUAGGUUAAGAAUUGAUACCGAUAAACGGAUGAAGGAUAAAGGAGAAGGAGAGGAGAGUGAUUUACAAAUGAUUUACGCGCGCGCUAAGAAGAUGAAAAAGAAACAGAUGACUACUGUUGCAACUGCUGUUGCCCUCGGAGACCACCAACCAAGCAACCUGGAGGCCCUGGCACCAGAGGCCCAGGGAA